GACGUAUAGUUGAUUAAGCAAAGCAAAUAAAUAUAUCCAUUGAAAUGGGCAGCUCAAUUCUCACUUGUACAAGAAGAUAGUAGAAAUCUCUAAACACAAACAAGAACAAAAAUGGCAGCACAAGGAACAUGCCUUAAUCACGUCUCCCGAGAAUCCUCUGAUAUCAAACGCCUCGCCCAAUUUUACAUUGAGAUAUUUGGGUUUGAGAAAGUUGAAGCUCCAAGAUUUGAAUUUGAUGUGAUAUGGUUGAAGCUGGCACCAUCUUUCUAUCUUCACCUUAUCGAGAGAGACCCGACUACAAAGCUUCCAGAAGGUCCAUGGAGUGCCACGUCAGCUGUCGCCGACCCGAAGAAUCUGCCCAGAGGCCACCAUGUCUGCUUCUCCGUCUCCAAUUUCGAUUCUUUCGUUCAGAACCUCAAGGAGAAAGGAAUUCAAGUUCACGAGAGGACUCAACCAGAUGGAAAGACCAAACAAGUCUUCUUCUUUGAUCCAGAUGGAAAUGGUUUGGAGGUAAGCAGUGGGGCUCCUGCCACCUGAACUGUGACUAUACUCGUGGUGUCCCGCGUACUUGUUAGCCAUAAAUUUAGAGUAUAAUAAACCCACGGGCCUCAGGAUGCGUUAGCUCGGAUGAUGACCUUGUGUAUAUUUGCCUAUUGGAAUGAAAAUAUUUAUGUUGUUUUACUUAGCUUGUACUCUGAUUGCAGCAAGUGCCAAGUGACUCCAAAUUGAUAGCAUAAGGACUGUAUGUAUGUAGAUCCAUCUCUCAAUUAAGACAAUACUAGUGGAGUUGAGUAGUAAAUAGUAAUAGCCACUGAGAGAUUUAUACUGUACUACUUCAAUAGCCAUGAUUUUCCUGUUAACCUUAUCAACAAGAAACUGAUAAUCUAUUAAGCAGAGAUUAUUAAGAAAUUUGAAGCUGAAAAUUUGAAUUA